AUGGCGUCCGGAGACUCCAUUGUCCCGUUAACAAAUGAGGAACUAGCCAAGCUAGCGACGCUUGCGAUUGAGGCAAAGCAGACAGCAUAUUAUCAUUUCCAUACCCUCACCUCGGAGCCAACUCCAAAAGGCAAUAAGGAAGCAUCUGUUCCUCCAAAAAUCAAGAAAACAUCAUCCCCCAAAGCCCACUCUCACUCACAACCACAAUCCUCCAUAGGCCCAUACUCGAACUUCCGCGUCGGGGCCGCCGUGCUCCUCUCGAGCGGCACAUACCACAGCGGCGCGAACGUCGAAGUGGCGAGCACGCCGGUGGGCAUCUGCGCGGAGCGCUGUGCGAUCGCGCCGAUCGUGGCGUCGAUGAAACGCCCCGAGAUGCCGGUCAUCCGCGCCAUCGCCGUCAGCACCGACAUCAACCCGCCGGCUAGCCCGUGCGGCAUGUGCAGGCAGUUCAUCAACGAGUUCGCGACCACGGGUGAUCUCCCGAUCUACAUGUACGGCAAGGAUGGGAUGGCAGGCGAUGUCGUCAAGAUGACGAUCGGAGAGUUGUUGCCCAUGAGUUUUCGGAGGAAUGAUUAUGAGAAGAAUCGGGAGGGGACGACGAAGGGGACGGGGGAGGGGGCAGCGGGCGGGCUGUUUGGUGGUGAGUAG